ACUGUCCCUGAGCUCAGCUCAGCUCACUGCAUUGUGUAUCCAACACAGCUGAUGGAUUCUUUGGCAGGUUAGGAAGACCACUCCACAGCCCAUCCAAGCCUUCCUUUGACUCCGUCAGUGUCCUCCUCCCUCUGCAACAUCUCCCUCUCCUAGAAAAAAAAAAAAAAAAGGAAAGGGAGUGGGAGAGCAGGAGGGAAGAGUGAGAUCUGAGAGAGUGGAGUGGGAAUCACCACCUGAGAAUGGGAUCCCAGAGCUCACCACAUUUCCUUUCCUCACUGCUGCUGCUGCUUCUUUUUCUUCUCCCUGUGGCACAAUGUGGUGUGACCUAUGACAGGAAGGCCAUCAUCAUCAAUGGGCAGAGGAAGAUCCUCAUCUCUGGCUCCAUUCACUACCCCAGGAGCACCCCAGAUAUGUGGGAAGGGCUCAUUCAGAAAGCUAAAGAUGGAGGACUGGAUGUUAUACAGACCUAUGUCUUCUGGAAUGGGCAUGAGCCUUCACCUGGAACUUACAAUUUUGAGGGAAGGUAUGAUCUGGUGAGGUUUAUUAAGACAGUCCAGAAGGUGGGGUUGUAUGUCCACCUCCGAGUUGGGCCUUAUGUCUGUGCCGAGUGGAAUUUUGGAGGAUUUCCAGUUUGGUUGAAGUAUGUACCGGGAAUCAGCUUCAGAACAGAUAAUGAGCCGUUCAAGAUGGCUAUGCAAGGUUUCACCCAAAAAAUUGUUGAGAUGAUGAAAAGUGAAUCACUAUUUGCUUCCCAGGGUGGUCCAAUCAUUCUUUCACAGAUUGAGAACGAGUAUGGGCCUGAGAGUAAGGCAUUAGGGUCUGCUGGUCGUUCAUAUGUGAACUGGGCUGCGGACAUGGCUGUUGGAUUGGGAACAGGUGUGCCAUGGGUUAUGUGCAAGGAGGAGGAUGCCCCUGAUCCAGUGAUAAAUACAUGCAAUGGCUUUUACUGUGAUUCUUUUACUCCCAAUAAGCCUUAUAAGCCUAUGAUGUGGACUGAAGCUUGGAGUGGCUGGUUUACAGAGUUUGGAGGCACUAUCCGUCACCGACCAGCUGAAGACCUCGCAUUUGCUGUGGCACGCUUUAUACAAAAUGGUGGUUCAUUCAUCAACUAUUACAUGUAUCAUGGGGGAACUAAUUUUGGGCGUACGGCUGGAGGUCCUUUCAUCACAACCAGUUAUGAUUAUGAUGCUCCAAUAGAUGAAUAUGGACUAAUCAGAGAACCAAAAUAUGGACAUCUAAAAGAGCUCCACAAGGCCAUUAAGUUGUGUGAACAAGCUCUAGUUUCAGCUGAUCCAACAGUUACUUCCUUGGGAAGUCUCCAACAGGCUCACGUUUUCAGCUCUGAGUCUGGAGGUUGUGCAGCUUUCCUUUCAAAUCACGAGCCAAAUUCGUAUGCAAAGAUAAUGUUCAAUAACAUGCACUACAACCUACCACCUUGGUCAAUCAGCAUCUUACCUGACUGCAGAAAUGUGGUAUUCAACACUGCAAAGAUUGGUGUUCAAACAUCUCAAAUGCAAAUGUACCCCACUAAUACCCAGUCACUCAUGUGGGAGAGGUAUGAUGAGGAGGUUGCUUCAUUGGAAGAAAAUUCUUUGAUUACUGCAACUGGGCUGCUGGAGCAGAUAAAUGUUACCAGGGAUACUAGUGACUACUUGUGGUACAUCACUAGUGUUGACAUCAGCUCAGCUGAAGAGUUUUUAAAAGGGGGAAAGCUUCCUGUCCUCACUGUCCGGUCAGCUGGUCAUGCACUGCAUAUCUUUGUCAACGGACAGCUCUCAGGUUCUGCAUAUGGAACCAGGGAAAAUAAGAGAAUCAAAUUUUCUGGAAACAUCAAUCUUCGUGCUGGAACUAAUAGAAUUGCCCUGUUAAGUGUGGCUGUUGGACUGCCAAAUUCUGGGGUGCAUUAUGAGUUGUGGAGCACUGGAGUCCUGGGUCCUGUUGUGCUACAUGAGCUUGAUGAAGGAAGUAGAGACUUAACAUGGCAGACAUGGUCAUAUCAGGUUGGUCUAAAAGGAGAAGAUAUGAACCUAAAUUCUUUGGAAGGUGCUUCUUCUGUUGAAUGGAUGCAAGGUUCAUUCGUACAAAAUCAGCAGCCGUUAACAUGGUAUAGGGCAUAUUUUGAUGCUCCUGAUGGAGAUGAGCCAUUGGCUUUGGAUAUGGCCAGCAUGGGGAAGGGUCAUGUGUGGAUAAAUGGACAAAGCAUUGGAAGAUACUGGACUGCAUAUGCGCCGAAAGAGAAUUGCAAGUCAUGCAGUUACACAGGGACAUAUCGAUCACCUAAGUGUCAGAGUGGUUGUGGCCAACCGACCCAGCGAUGGUACCAUGUGCCACGUUCCUGGUUACAACCAACAAGAAAUCUACUAGUAGUAUUUGAAGAACUUGGAGGUGAUGCAACAAAGAUUGCAUUAAUGAUGAGAUCUGUUUCUAGUGUUUGUGCUGAUGUUUCUGAGUGGCAUCCCACAAUAAAAAAUUGGCACAUCGAGAGCUAUGGAGAGCCUGAAGAAUACCGCAAGCCAAAGGUCCAUCUGCGAUGUGCGCCGGGACAAUCUAUAUCGGCCAUCAAAUUUGCUAGCUAUGGGACACCCCUCGGAACUUGUGGAAAUUUUCAACAGGGAGCAUGCCAUUCGCCAAAUUCCCACUCCAUCCUGGAGAAGAAGUGUAUCGGAAAGGAGAAAUGUGUGGUUGCCAUCUCCCAGGCUAACUUUGGCGGUGACCCAUGUCCGAAUGUGAUGAAAAAAGUUGCAGUAGAAGCUGUAUGUUCUUCAGCUGUUCAGCCGAUAACCUGAGCUUUGCAAAUCGCAUUGGCCAGAACAACUCGGCGUAAUUGUAAAGUGCUGGUGUCGAUCGAAGAUAGUCGUUUGUAUCGUGUGGUAGUUGCAUUUAGAGGGAAAAGAUAGUAUGUCAGUGUGUGCAUUUGCUCAUUCAAGUUAUCUCUUUAAAUUCUGAGAUAUUCGCACUGGUCUACCAACGCAUAAUCCGAAGUUGGUGCCAGAAUGGAUAGCAUCAGGAAAGCAGAGUAAAACAAUCACUUAUUUGCUUUCUUAGAUGUCUUGUUCUUAAUUUCUUCACAUUAGUUAUCGAAGUAAGGUGUCAUUUGAUA